AGAAAAGGAGCAGGAUACGGAAGUAGCGAUUUGCUUUAAAGUAGCUUCUGGUGGAAAAUUCUUAAUGAGUAGUAUUUUUAAUAGGUUGGAAAUUAAAUGCAUUUAACUUUAUUAAAAUUAUUCUAUGCCAGCUGUUCUAUAACAGGGUGGGAAUUCAGAGUGGCAGUGUAGUGUUGGCUGGGUUGAUCUGGGAGUGGUUGUGUGGGGGCGACCCUGGUAUUUGUCCCUGAUGGAGCAGAAUGCAGCCGCUUGCAUGGGGCUCGCCGUCGCCGUGCUUUCCAGCUUAGUGAAUGGCUCCACUUUCGUUUUGCAGAGGAAAGGCAUCCUUCGUGCUGAGAGCAGAGGAGCUUCCUAUUUGACAGAAUUGAUUUGGUGGACUGGAACUUUAGGAAUGGGACUGGGUCAAAUUGGAAAUUUCUUGGCCUACAACACUGCUCCUGCUGCAUUGGUGACUCCACUUGGAGCCCUUGGAGUACCAUUUGGGUCACUCUUGGCUUCUUAUAUGUUGCAAGAGAAGCUGAAUUUGUUGGGAAAACUAGGAUGUUUACUGAGCUGUGCAGGUUCAAUUAUACUGCUCAUUCAUGCUCCAAGAACAGAUAAUAUAACAUCAAGGGUGCAACUUGAAGAGAAACUUCUGGAUCCAGUGUUUCUUGGAUAUGCCUGUGUUGUUCUAGCACUUCUUAUUUUGCUGAUCUUCUGGAUUGCACCUUCCCAUGGCUCUACCAACAUUAUUGUCUACAUUGGUAUUUGUUCAUUACUGGGCACCUUCACUGUACCAAGCAGUAAAGGCAUUGGCUUAGCCGCACAAGAUGUGUUUGGCAAUAACCUGUUAAGUCAAAGGGCCUUGUGCCUUUUUAUCUUGCUGCUAGUAACACUGGUUUGCAGUAUUUUCCUUCAAUUUAUCUACAUUAAUAAGGCAUUGCAGUACUUUGAUUCCUCCAUGUUUGGUGCUAUAUACUAUGUGUUUUUUACAGUUUUAGUCACAUUAGCAUCUGGAAUCCUCUUCCAAGAAUGGAGUGAUGUUAGCUUUGUAGACUUCCUUGGAAUGCUGUGCGGAUUUAUCACAGUUUCAGUUGGGAUCAUACUUUUGCAGAUGUUCAAGGAAUUCAGCAUCUCUGUCACUGACUUAAGAAAAGUCACAUCAAAGAAACACUGAAACCAAAGUACUUAUAGGCUGCUUCACGGCUGUGGUUCAGUUUCUGGCUGGAUAUGUAUCAGAACGGCAAUGAACAUCGUCGGAUAUUUGGAACACAGAUGUGACGAAGAUUGCAGAACAUUUAACAUUUUGUUUCAUGCACGGUAUCAUUUAAUGUGGUCCAGUUGCCAUCACCAAAGCAGCUUCUCUGUGACACGGGUUGCUUCACACUGUCCUUCACCUGCUUCCACUCCCCCCCCCCCACCCCCUCCCCUCCACUCCGCUCCCCUCCCCUCUCCUCCACUCCCCUCCUCUCUCCUCCACUCUCCUCCCCUCCCCUCCUCCCCCAUUCACCAUCCUUCUCUUGCUGUCUAGUAUGAAGACAGCGGAAAGCUGCUUGGGAGAUAAGGCAGUCCCAGCUACUGACAAAGCCGCAGGAUCCGUUGUGUUAUUAGCUGUAAGGGUUUUAGUGAUGGUUAUCCAUUUCCCCACCCCCUCCCUCCAAUCACCACCCCAACCUUUAGAAUAACUGUUAGUUUCCACUUAACAGCUGAUUCCGAGACAUAUUAAUUUAGUAAGUUAGAGACUUGCAUUCUGCUACUCUGCAGGAGUACAGCACUGGAUUGUUGCCUGGAUUCUGCUGUUCAAAAUUUUGGCAAGUAACCAAAAGUUGGACAAUAAUUCUUAAAUGUUAAAAUGGAAUUCCCAAAUGAGUAGGUAUUUCAUAAACUUUAAUUUGCCUUUAUUUUUCCUUUUUAAGUUUAUGUUGGACAUGCUACUUUGGAAACUGAAAUCUCAUCAUGUGAUGCUUUGUAACUAAUUGCCUUCAUUCACUUUAUUUCUGACCUUUGGAAGUGUUGGAUUGUUGCCUUACUGAAUACUGAAAGGGUAGACAUGAGUCGGUUUGCAAACAGCAGUGUACUACAUUGGUACAAUUGUGCAAGUGUGAAUUUUGGGUUUUACCAUUUUGAGGAACAGGAUUAUUGCUGCUGAUGUUCUGUUAUGAGAUUGUGGUAACUUUGGAAUGCAGCUUCCUGUAUUUCAGUCCACAUCUAUGAGUCAUUGCGGUUCUGUGCUGUUUUUCAUGUGUGGUUGUGUCAUCAAGGUAUGCACUGCUUUAGAAAUGAAUUCAGAAUAGAAUUUUGGAAAUAGCAUCAACUUAUCCUGCUGACCGUCUUAUGAUAGUCAGCAGUAUAACUGGUUCUCACAAAGGCGAAAGUUAAGAUCUUGUAUUGCACUGAAUACAAGUUAUCCUGAUCACUGGCUCCAGUUCAAUAAUAUGUUGAUGCUUUUGUUGUUCAAUUUUCUUUGUGUUAAGAUACGUGAAAAAAUUUAACAGCUGUAGUUAACAUCUAUUUAACUAGUGGUGUUUAAAGUGAAGUAUGUGAAUAAAAUUAAUUCUGCACAAUAAAGCUUACUGAUGCCUAACAUUCUGAAAAUUCCAAACCGGCCCUUACAAACCUUUGGUUUUCAUUUCAGAGAUCUUAUAAUGAGCUGACAGUUUUCUUCAGUGCUAUAACCCCAACAUUCAAAAAUUGAUCAAUAAUUAAAUGUUCUCAAAUGACGGAUUCAUUCUCCUAAUAAUGAUUCAUUCUCAGAAGCUGUGUACACACUGGAUGUAUUAGGCUUGCGAUAAAUCUAAAGAUAACAUCUAACCCACUAAGAGUUGCAAACUGGUAUCUCAGGUUUUGUGAUACGAGAAUUUUCCACAUAUAGAAAUGUAUGGAAUAUUUGAAAUAUGUGAAAUACGCAGAGAUAAUUUAUUAAAUUGAUGUAGGUCCAAUUUUAACUGCUUGGCAUUGAGGCUACUUUUGUGCAAAGAAUCACUGAAUGGAUGUGAAAAUAAUUAAAACUUUACCUACUACAUGUGCCUAUGAAAUGUUUUAUGGCAGAAAAAUAUGUAUUUUGUAACUCCUUUUAACAGUUUGUCAUGAGAUAAGGAUAAUGUAUAGCAUAAAAGCUAUGAUAAAGAUUAAUAUUCU